CUGCGGCUUAUGAGAGUCAUUUCUUUAAAUCAAAACAAAUCUUUAAUAUUAACUUUUAAGUCGUAUUUUUAUCAAAACGCACUUUAUGAAGCAGUUCCAAUCGAUUAAAACAACUCUAAAGAGAAGUUAUUGUUCAAAUAAUGGAUACAACAUUAGGAAACAACCCGGAAUUUUCUUCAUGUCGAUGCUGUAAUGAAAGUUUUGGAAAUGAUCAACUACAAUCUUUAUUUGAGUAUACAAAUGAUGAAAUGGAAAUUUAUAAGAUUAUCAUGUUGAUAGCUCCUAUCGCCAUAUCUCGAAACGAUGGAUUUUCGCAAAAAAUUUGCAUUGACUGCAAAAGUCAAGCUAUGAACGCUUACCGAUUUCGGCAAAUGUGUGUUAGUAUUGAUGAGAAUGUUCGCUUCAAUCGGAAGCCUUUAAGUAUAACUAACAACGAACACGACUAUUCGGUGUGGAAUAUAAUGAUGGAUGAUGAUAUGGACUUGUCAGAAUAUCUCAUUGAUACCAACAAAGAAGAAAUUAUUCAACCAUCGUUGAUUGACGAAACUCCCAUCGAAGAAAAGCCAACGAUCGAUGAAACUCAGAACUUUGAUGCUCCGACAUCAACAAAGAAAAGUCGAAGAUAUUCUUGUCCUGUUUGUGGUAAGUUGUGGGUGACACCAUCAAAACUUAAGCGUCACAUGGUCGUUCAUCGAUCUGGGAAAGCAACAAAGCAAGAGAAGUCAACAUCAGAAGGAAAAAAACCUUCUUUUUCAUCUCCAGUUCUCUUUGAGUCACAAAAAAGUGAACCAGAAGUUCAAUGCCCAAUAUGUUUCUUGGCUAUCGAGUCACAAGCUCAACUCCCGUUGCAUAUGAUCGUUCACAUUAAAACUGAAACUCGUCAGUUAUCAAAACAAAAUGAAACUUUUGCUAAAUCUUUCCCGUUGGCACAAAAGCUUGGAAAGAGACAUUACAAUUGCACAGUUUGUGGCUCUGAAUUUCAAUCACCAGCUAAACUCACCAACCACAUGAAGUCGCAACAUAUGAGAAAAGUUUCCAUCUUUAAAAAUAAUAAUCGACCUGUUGUUGCAGAGAAAACUCAAAAUCAAUCACAACCGAAGAGAAAACACGAUUGUCUGAUAUGCUCAAAGUCCUUUCAGAGUCCUUACAAAUUGAAUCGACACAUCAAAAGUCACACACGAACAAAAGCAAAGCCAGGUCGGAAACGAGUCAGGAACAACAAUUGUCCACAUUGUGGAAAAGCAUUUGAAACACCAUCGAAAGUUCUGAGACAUCUCAAAGUUCAUCGCGAUAUUUUACAACCGAUUUCGAGUAAAAGUGAAAGUUCACCAAUACUUGAGAUAUCAGCUGUGACAAGCAUUUUGGGAGAUUAAAUUAUUUAAAUAUUUUUUUAAUUGAAUUAUUGUUAUUGUUUUUCAUUUUAUGAACUUAUGAUUGCAUGAAAUAAAAU